AUGGCCAUCACGCAUACGCUUCCACUGCAAUCGUGGUAUUACGACAGUACAUCUCACUGGACACUCGAUUAUCCACCAUUUUUCGCUUUCUUUGAAUAUCUUCUAAGUGAGGUUGCAUCAGUUUUUGUGCCGUCCGCUUUGGUCUUGCAAAAAAAUGCUUAUUUUUCAAGUGAGCUGCUGUUUUUCCAAAGAUGUUCUGUGAUUGUGACCGAUUUUUUUUACGGUGCGUUAAGUUAUUGCGUGCUUUUAAAUAUGAAGCAUAUAUAUCUGUAUUACGGUCCAGCUUAUGUGCUAUUCUUCGCGGUCAAUUAUUUAGCCCCGAUUAAGAAGCCAUUCGUAUUUCGCUGUAUAAAAUUGGCUCUUGUAAUUUUUGUAACUUUUGCAUUAUCUCUUGGACCCUUUGUUUACGCCUGUGGCGGAGGCGUUGUGCUGCAGAUAUGGCGACGAUUAUUCCCGUUCAAGCGCGGCCUCACGCAUGCUUAUUGGGCUCCAAAUUUAUGGGCAAUUUACAAUUUCAUUGAUUGGUAUUUUUAUCAAGUUCUGAAACUAACGAAACGAUUGUCAUCGGAUAUUCGUCCACCCAUGUACACUUCGGGCCUUGUACAGGAGUUUUCGCAUUCUGUGUUGCCUUCUGUGUCGGCUUUUGGAGCUCUGAUAACGACGGGAGUAUUAUUGAUGCCGGUGUUGAUGCUGGUGGGUACGAGGCAUAUCCGGAACUUUCCUCUUUUGCUUACUUUAUCGGCAUUCGCAUUCUUCCUCGCUGGCUACCAUGUGCAUGAAAAAGCUGUAAUACUCAUCACAAUCCCGUACACCGUUUUGGCUGCAAUGGUGCGUCCCUAUUCGUAA